UCCCGAUAAUCGUCGCCGCGGUUGCCAUGGCGCCGCUGGUUGUCAUGGCUACCGACCAGCCGCCUACAGAAGGAGAACUGCAGCAGGCGAUCGACCAGGCAAGGGCAGAAGUGGAGAAUGAAUCGUCCGCCAAUGUCAGCGGAGGGGCUGAACCAGAGGAAAACCCGUUCUCCGGAGCUCUGAACGCGCUAAACAGGGUACAUCGCCCCACCAGGAUGGCCGUUGAGCUCAGCAAGUGUGCCACCGUCUUGGAGAGGGUGGCAAAACACUUCAAGGACAGAAGCUUCACUCUGGAAACGCUUUGUGCCAUCGACUCCGAGACCGUUACAGGUCUUUGUAACGACACCUCCAUGGAGCCGAUCACGUGCCCGAGACUGAGACCACCCCGUGCAGAGUUCCGUUCAGCAAACGGCCGUUGUAACAACCGAGACAACCCCCUAUGGGGAAGUACUGAGCAACCCUUGAAAAGGCUACUGGAACCAGACUAUAAUGACGGGCUUAUGAGACCCCGCAUCACUGGACAUGGCGGGGCCCCCCUACCCAGCGCGCGGCUGGUCAGCACGGUCAUGCACGAGGACCUGCGGAAAUCCAGCCCGGUCAACACCCACAUGGUCAUGCAGUUCGGGCAGUUCCUGGAUCACGACUUCACUCUCACACCUAGCGUCCAGGAAGAAGGUAUCACCUGUACCUGUGACUCCGAGGACGAACACUGUUUCAACAUCGACAUCCCCUCUGACGACCCUGACUUCGCAGGGACGCCCUGCUUGCAGUUCGCUCGCUCCAAAGCCAGUCCGAACGAAGGGUGCCACAUGGGCCGCCGGCAGCAGCUGAACCAGAUCACCGCCUUCGUGGACGCCUCCAACGUCUACGGCUCCUCGGACGAAGAGAUAGAGGCGCUCAGAGAACACUCUGGAGGGCGCGGCCUGCUGAAGUCCAGACCGAACCCUGCAGACGCUAACAAGAAGGAACUCCUGCCCGGUGCCAUGGCGGAGGCGUUUGAGUGUGCCGAAUUUACCGGUGCCGAGACGUGCUCGCAGGCCGGGGACGUCCGUGUGAACGAGCAGCCGGGACUGACCUCCAUGCACACCGUCUUCCUGCGGGAACACAACAGGAUCGCCAGGCGGCUCUCCCAACUCAACCCGCGCUGGGACGACGAUCGGGUGUUCUUCGAGACCAGGCACAUCGUCGGCGCGCUGAUGCAGAAGAUCACGUACGGCGAAUUUCUUCCUCGCGUUGUCGGGCCCGACGCCAUGACCAAGUUUCACCUGACCCUCGCCACGAACGGGUACUUCUCCGGGUACGACGCGAGCGUGAACCCCACCAUCUCUAACGUCUUCGCUACGGCAGCCUUCCGUUUCGGCCACAGCCUGGUCCAGAACCUUCUCCUCCGCUUUGAUCCAGACUUUAACCAGGGCAGCAGGUGCCCGUUUCAGCUGGCCCUUGGUUUCUUCAAUCCGACCCAGAUCUUCAACAACAACGAGGGCGGCCCGGACUCCAUCCUGCGGGGAAUGACCACCCAGCCCCAUCAGGACUUCGACCGGUUCAUGGUCUCGGGCCUGACGAAGCACCUGUUCGCGGAUCCUCCCGGUUCUCUCGGCCUGGACCUGGCGGCGCUGAACAUCCAGCGGGGCAGAGACCACGGGCUGCCCGGCUACAACGCCUGGAGGGAGAGGUGUGGCCUGGUGAAAGCCAACAGCUUCGACGAACUGGUGUUUGAAAUUCCAGACCCUUACACCCGAAAGAGGUUGCAGCAUGUGUACAGCCACGUGGACGACAUCGACCUGUUCGCGGGGGCUCUUGCCGAGGAGUCCGUGCCGGGCGGUGUCGUCGGUCCAACCUUCGCCUGUCUGAUCGGCCUGCAGUUCCAGGACCUCCGCAAGGGGGACCGCUUCUGGUUCGAGAACCGCGUACAGUUUACUGGAGCCCAACUUGCGGAGAUCAGGCAGACCAGUCUGGCCCGGAUCCUGUGCGACAACACGGACGGCACCACACACAUGCAGCCGGACGUCUUCAGGCUGCCCACCCAGCCUGGGAACGAGAGGGUGGCGUGCUCCUCUCUGCCCCAGGUGGACCUGACCAAGUGGAGGGGCAGGGGGCCGCAAGGGUAGAACUUCAAUAACAUUUUCCCAUUCCCAAGAUGCAAAGAGACAGGGGGGAGGGUUACUGUAAAACACUUUACGUUCACGGUAGCAAAAUUUCACGAAAUUUGAGAAAAACGGUCUGAGAAAAACGGUGUUCCACAUACUGUUCAGCUCGUUAUUUUAGCCCAUACUAUAAUUCAACAUAUGUUGUAGCCUAUGAAAUGAUUCAACAUACUGAAACAAAUAGGAGUGAGGAGAAACAGGAAAACCCCCCGACUCUCGGAACGCUGGGAAUUGAAACCGCAUCAAACCCGUGCAGCCAGCUUUAAUUAAUACGACCUACGACCUAUGAACGAAUGUAAAAUUUACAUUCGUUCAUGAUAGAAUCUAAAAUGAAGGUUGCUCUUUAAUCCCAAAGGAACACAUACCGGUAUUUCAGACCCCCUCGUGCUAUGCAAACUGGGAAUGGGAAAACAGUGAUUGGCCAGUUCAGUUAAGUCGUUCCCACAAAUUCUUGUGCACUAAAUUAGUCGGACAAAAUGCACGCGGUUCAGCCAUGCAUUCCAAAUCAAGCUUUAGUACAAUAUUUUUUUUCAUCUGCUCUGUAGUACUAAUGUUAGAUAGUCCGCCACCUAAUUAUAUAUAAUAUAUAAAUCGGUUGAUUGUCAUGGAAAAAAAACAUAAAGCAGUACAUUGCACAUAAAGCAGUACAACGUUAAAAACAUUUUGCCUGAAAAUAUACUCCGCACUGAUGCCUGUAAUCAUGCAUUGAACAAUGACUUCAGCACUUUUCAUAAACAAGUUAAAUACCUGCAAGUUCAACAAAUACAUGUAUGGUCAAUCUGGGAAAUGAUCUAAUGUCCUGUGAUCUAUGAUUGUAAAUGUGGCGGGCUUGCUAGUUUGCUUUGAUUAAAAUUA